UUAAUAAAGAGAAGAUCAGACAUGGCAUGCAGCUGUAAUCAAAAAGGCAGAGUCCCCCCGCUAAUAGGAAAUUAAGUGCCGCUCGCUCGCCCUCGCAUCCCCCUCUCCGCAGUAAAAAACCACCCCCCGAGGACACCUUUCAGUGCGGCUAAUAGCGAUUCGGCUGCACUUGUCAUCCGCACAACACACAAUAAUAAUAAUACAAAAUAAUAAAUCGCGCGCGGCGGCCGCGCACUUGCCCCUGCUGCCUCUGCGCCACGUGUGUUUUGGCCACCACCCCCUCGCUGGGUGCAGCCACCCCCUGGGCUGGGUGGAGCCGGGCCGCCGUUUAAAGGGCCGGACAGGGUGGCCGGACGUCGACUUGUCGCUCGCUCAUCCAGCCGCCGAGAGCGAAAGAGAGAUGAGCGCGUGGAACAGCAUCCGCGACAUGCAGCAGCACCACGGCCGCCUGCUCGCCCACUCCGCCAUCCCCAUGGACAUCUUCUCCACCGACGUCGACGUCCACGAACUCAAGACACCCCUCGACAAAACCAUUUUCGUGAAGUUGAGCGGCUCAGGUCGAUUCGAGCCUGCGGACGCGACGAAGGGGUGGAUCCGAGCGGCGCGGCUCGCCCCCGACUGCCACAUGGGAAACGUGCGCAUCCAACGGGGCCGGCGCAAGGGCUGCGUCGCGCUCAGGGCCGUGCGGCCCAUCUCCGCCGGCGACGAACUGCAGCUCUGGUUUUCAGAGGAGCUGCUCGCCGCCCUCCGCAUCCCCUACCUCAAUCCGGCAAACAUUCAAGGUGAGUGUCGUUACGUGUGUCACCGGUGUAGCAGUCAAUUCGAGGCGCCGAACCCGCUGAAGGUGCACCUGGCGCUGAACUGCGGCGCCGACGGGCGCGAGGAGGCGCUUUGGUCACGAUUAGUGGCGUCGCUCUCGUGUCCGGCAGUGGCGACGGACGCGUUUCCGUCGGCCUUCACUCCCUGGCCGCGGCCAGCGGCGCCGCCACCGCCCUCCACCCUGCGACUCGUGCCGGCCGACCUGUCCGCGCACCACGCACGCAUGGAGACGCUCGUGUCCAGCCUCGGCAAAUCCAAGAAGGGACACGUCUGCCUCUACUGCGGAAAAAUCUACUCGAGGAAGUACGGACUCAAAAUUCACAUUAGGACGCACACGGGGUAUAAGCCUUUGAGCUGCAAGUUCUGCCUGCGUCCCUUUGGUGACCCUAGCAACCUGAACAAGCACGUGCGGCUGCACGCGGAGGGCGAGACGCCAUACAAAUGCGACGAGUGCGGGAAGGUGCUGGUGCGGCGGCGUGACCUGGAGCGCCACCUCAAGGCCAGGCACACUGGCAGCCCCCAGCAGACGCUCUGUGGCGCCGACACAGACGAGUCCUUGUAA